GAGGAGGGUGAGUUUAGGGAAAGACGGAGCCACCCUGUCAAUCACAAUUAAGGAACCAUGGGAGUAAACUGGUAAGGAAGCUCGGCGGAACCACUGUGUUUACGGUGAAGAUUGUUUUAAUUUGCGCAGAAACGACAACUAUGCGCCGGUACACUGUGGGACAUUUUCAUCUGAUCUCGCCAACUGGAAAUCGCUCCACUUUGACGGGAAUUAGCAUGAGGCGUCACAUAUAACAACAAAAACUUAGCGACUUUCAGUUGCCUGCGCCUGUUUUUUGCCCCCACAGCGUUUCAGUUUGAACAUAAUACACAAGUCACCGUUGAUAUUUGUACAAAAGGCGGUGCCGCGGAGGGUUAUAUUAACUCCAAGCCCAGGAUAUACCCGUUUAUUUGACUUCAACCCGUGGAAAAUCUGGUCUGUGCAUUUCAGAGAACUGCCGUGUCGGUGAGUCGACUUUCGAAGAAGGAGUGACGGUACAAGACGACACUCCCAAAAACAAACGAAGCCAAGCAGCAAUCCCCGCUCCAACUCCGAGGGAGAGCAAGAAAGGAGCAGAUAUGAGUGGGGGAGAUGUGGUGUGCUCAGGGUGGCUGAGAAAGUCUCCUCCUGAAAAAAAGUUGAGACGUUACGCAUGGAAGAAGCGGUGGUUUGUUCUUCGCAGUGGCCGUCUGACAGGCGACCCAGACGUGUUGGAGUACUACAAGAAUGACCAUACCAAGAAGCCCAUCCGCGUGAUUGAUCUCAACUUGUGUGAGCAGGUGGACGCUGGGCUGACGUUCAACAAGAAGGACUUGGAGCACAGCUUCAUAUUCGACAUCAAGACCAUCGACCGUGUCUUCUACCUGGUGGCUGACACCGAAGAAGAGAUGAAUAAGUGGGUUCGCUGUAUCUGCGACAUCUGUGGCUUUAACCCCACCGAUGACGAGGCAGCGAAAGCUGCUCACCAGUCAGCCAUCGGAGGCCUGGUAGUGGACACCCCACCACACCCAGCACUGGGUAAUAUUGUCGGUCCAGCAGCAGUGUUGUCCAGCGUGCCCCCUCCAUACCAACCAGUCAGUGUACGACACCUGGACUCUCAGUCCAGCUCAGAGGAGCCCCAGGAUUACCUGUGGCUGGUCAACUGUGAGAGCAAAAAGCCCGAACCCAACAGAGCCCAUGCUGAGUGUUCCAAGUCUACCUCUUCAGAGACAGACCUGAAUGACAACGUCCCCUCUCACCGCACACCCACAUCCUCCACCUCCUCAGCUAAACACACCUCGCACAACGGCUUCUUCCCACAGCACCCGGCCCCUGCCUCCGCCUCUUCCAUCUACGACUCGCCUCCAUCACGCGGUGCCUCACUCUCAACUGACGGCGGCCUUUACCACCUGCCUCGCAGCUACUCCCAGGACACUGUGCUGCUCCCAAAGUCAGCCUCCUCCCCUCUGGCCCAUCCGGACAGCGUGGACGGCUCUGAGCUCUACGUCUUCAACACACCGUCACGGAAACCCUCGAUGGAGUCGCAGAUGCGCAACCUUUCCAUCAGUUAUGAUAUCCCACCUACGCCUGGGGCAAACUGUACCUACCAGGUGCCCCGCACGUUGUCAGCGUCGACAGGGGUAGGAGGCACAGAGGGUGGGGGAGAUGUAGUACCCCCUCCCAGACCACCCAAGCCUUCGCUCAGUUCCACCUCAGGACUCCCGCCACCCCCUGCUGAGCGCUCACCUACGGACACCUAUUGUGUGCCUCGCUCAGCGUCAGAGACGGACGGAAACUACUGUGUGCCUACUAGUGCUGGGAAUAAGGCUUUACGCAGCAACACUAUUGGCACUGUGGACAGUUCACGCCUCCGCAAAGAUUUUGGAUCCCAGGACUGCUAUGACAUUCCUAGAUCAUUCCCCUCGGAGAAAAGCUGCUCGUUUGACUUCAACGAAAGCUUCAACAGCUACUUUAAAAACAAAGGAAUGAUGCCAGUGGGCAGCCAGUCCACAGAAGAGGUAGACCAGAACUAUGUACCCAUGAGUGCCAACUCCCCGUCAAACCAUCACUCAGGCAGUUUGUCGGAGCCGAUGCACGAACCGAACUAUGUGCCCAUGACCCCAAGCACCAUGGAGUUCCCCUCCCUGGGAAAGCAGGUCCCCCCACCCGCCCACAUGGGCUUUCGCUCCAGUCCCAAGACCCCUCCUCGCAGGCCAAUGCUCAGUGACUGCCAGCCCCCGCCUGUGGACCGAAAUCUCAAACCUGACCGCAAAGGUCAGAGUCCUAAAAUAAUAAGAGCAAAAGGUGUCGGUUUAGAGCGAACUGACUCUCAAACCGUAGGUGAAUUCCCGAGGGGACGACGCAAGGGAAGACCCGCUCCACUGGAGAUAAAACCACUGCCAGAAUGGGAAGAGCCUUGUACGCCUGUCCGCUCGCCUGUCACACGGUCAUUCGCUCGGGAUCUCUCUAGGUUUCCAAUGCCAACAAGACCCCCGUCAGUGCAUAGUACGGCCUCCAGCACUGACUCCGAGGACUGUGAUGAGAAUUAUGUAGCCAUGGUCUCUAAUAUGUCCACAGAUGAACCAAACAUGAAGCUUGGUGCCCCCAUGACCGCGGAUGGUGGGAGCAGCCCGAUGGUGAAGCCGAAGGGAGACAAACAGGUGGAGUACCUGGAUUUGGAUCUUGACCCCGGCAAGUCUACCCCACCUCGGAAGAUGAAAAGCAAUGGAACUGGCAUGGCAGCAUCAGAUGAGCGUGUUGACUACGUGGUUGUGGACCAGCAACGGACACAGGCCCUCAAGAGCACCCGGGAGGCCUGGAACGAUGGCCGCCAAUCCACAGAGACAGACACCCCUUCCAAGGGACCCAAGUGACCCUGUUGUCCCAACUGCCAACCCACCCUCCAAACCCCCAGACCGUUGGGCCUUUUACACUUGUGAAGGCUCUGGUUUGUGCUUUGGGAUGGUCCAGCUGUCACGUUCCACCUCAGCAAGAUCCUUCAUGUGUAGGGGCCAGUGGAGCUUCAUAGCCACUCAACAGUGUUUAGUUUACACUGCUGUCAGGCCUAGGACAGCACUGUGUGUACAGUUGUAGGAAGGGGUGUGAGCCAGGAAUAAGCUGUAUGCAGUAUGAAAGCAGGUGGAAUGACUGGACUUGUCUACGGGGUUUGACUUAAGCAGACUCAUGAACUUUGAACAUUCACUGCCUCCUAUAUUGGGUUAGUUUUUUUUUUUUGUUUUGUUCUGUUGUUCACCUUUCAAUGGCUGGUGGCCUGAUCCACAGUUAACAUUUCCUUAAAUUAUAAUGCUGUUUGAUGUUGUUUUGGAGUGUAAGUGAAAUCACUUGAUAACAUGAUCACAGUACUUUAUCAAUGCAACACUCUACGCCUUAGGAUAGCUGGUUAACAGUGUUGAUUUUUCAGUUUCUCCCGUUCAAGUGGAGUGAAGUUUCCAUGGGCACUGGUCCCAGGUCAGUUUUACAAUGUCUUCACUAAGAUAGUUUGGAUGGCUGAAACUGACCCUGAUGUCUGUCUAAGGCAAACUUCAAACCUGAUCCCCAGGAUAACCCAGUGCGAAAGAAUUUCAUAGUUUUAUUACUUUUGACUUUCAAUGCAACGGCAGUUGAACUCGUUCAUUUUACAUGUAACAAGUGCUCAAUUUAAGCUUUGGAUUCACUCAAGGUUUAAUCCACUGAACAUGAUUUGAUUUCCAUUUACUUUGUACAUGGAGAUGCUUCAAUCUGUUAUAAUGGAAGUGCAAAGACUGUACAAAAGUGUUAUGUAUAUAAACAGGAAAAGUGUCCUUUAUUUGUAUGGAAUAUCCAGCGUGUUUGACUCGAAGGUAUGUGGAUUCUGCAGGGUAGAAUCCUGUGCCUGUCUUAGGUGGUAUCAGGACUUGUGAUUAAUGAAUGAAUUACUGUGAGUUUUUAAAAAGAACGUGACAGGUUUUCUAUAAGUUAUGCAAAGGUAUCAAACUUAGGCUAGAGAGAGAGAAAAUCAGGUACUAAUAAUACAACUAUCCAUUUCUAAUUUAUUUCUCAAGUUAUUUCAUCAGGUGGAUGUCCUGUCCACUUUUAGCUCAGUAUUCUUGAUUCAUAUGGAGGAACAUUUGCUCUAGUCUGUUAAAAUGCUUAGUUUGACAAGCGCCGGUCAAUUAGUUUCACAAGUUCAUUGAUAUUCCUCAUUUCUCUCUCGUCGUAGGUUUAAUUUAUUUCAAAUUGAACUGGCAUACAGUUUUGGGAAAUUGACUGCCUCAUGUAGUCAACUUGAUACAUCUUUAAUAGACGGUGAAAAAGUCGUUAUGUCUGCAUAAAUCUGUGCUUUACUAACCUGUGAACUCUCACUCAGAAGUCCCGAGCAUGUGCUACCACGAGAUAAAAUCAUUGCUGUACAUAUUCUUGCCAUCAAUUAGAUUAACAUGUAUCAUUUGAAAAAUGUGCCUACUAAGUCAUCUUCAUUCUACUUCACUCUUUCCUUAUUGCAGUCUCUUUGUGAUACGGACUGCAGAGCUGAUGAUGCUUUAUCUUUUUUAAUGAAUCUCGACAGAAAAUGUAAAUUUUAAAAGUGGACUAAAUAAAAUCCAACCUCUUAUGCA